UCAUGUCAAAAAUACUACUACGAGAAGAGUGUGAAGUUUUUUGUGUUCUGUGUGGAAAUGAAAUAAAAUAUUUUGUGUAAACUAAUCAGUGAAAUAAAGUUUUAGUGAAAAUGAAGCCACUUAUAGAUUUCGAUGAAUGCUUGAGAGACUCUCCAAAAUUUAGGGAGCAGCUGGAAACUGAAGAAGCUAGCAUCGAUUCAUUGGAGCAGAAGCUCGAUAAAGUUCUCAAAGCAUGCUCUGUGAUGAUAGACUCUGGUAAAAUCUACAUGAGUCAUAGAGGCACAUUUACAAAUGCACUAUGGGACCUGACUGGGAGUUUUGCAGAGGACCCACCAGUGAUGGCAACCCUUAACAGAAUGAUCCAUUCUUUGCAAGAGAUGAACAAGUUCCACUCCAUCCUACUGGACCAGGUCUCCAGGACUGUGCUCAAGAAUCUCACUGCUUUUAUUAAAGUAGAUAUUAAAGGUGUCAAAGAAAGUAAGAAUCACUUCGAUAAAAUCUCAAACGAUCUCGAUACGGCUUUAAAUAGGAAUUCGCAGGUAUCUCGCCACAAAUGCGUGGAAGUGGAGGAGGUGAUGAAUCUCUUGCUGGCGACGCGAUCAUGUUUCCGUCACACGGCGCUCGAUCACGUGCAGAAGAUCACCAUGCUGCAGGCAAGGAAACGUCACGAAAUACUGGCUACGUUCCUGUCGUACUUGCAAGCGUGCUGCACCUAUUACCAUCAAGGUGCCGACUUAUCGGAGGAUUUGGAACCAUUCCUUAAGACCACCGCAGAAGAUAUCGCAGCUAUGCGUAACGACACAAAAAUACUUGACAAAGAGAUGGAGAAUCGCCAUACGAUUGUGAACAGUAAGGACACCGUACUACCCAGCUGUAAGACCAGUGAAGCUGAAGGAGAUUGCAAAGAUGGUUUGUUGAGUACACCGUGCCUCAAAAGCCUACCUCGAAUGCAAGGAUAUCUCUUCAAAAGGACAUCGAAUGCCUUCAAGACAUGGAAUAGGAGAUGGUUUUAUUUAUACGACAAUCGUCUAGUGUAUAGGAAAAGGACAGGGGAGUUGAAUGUGACAGUAAUGGAAGAAGACUUGAGACUGUGUACUGUGAAACCGGUGCUGGAUGGCGAGCGUCGGUACUGUUUCGAAGUGUUGUCACCAUCUAAGAGCCAUAUGCUUCAAGCAGACUCCGAAGAAAUGCUCAACUGUUGGAUAACAGCUCUACAGAACGGAAUCCGGUCCGCCAUACAGCAAGGACAAAGCCGAGAGAACCCUGACACGCAGCUCAUACUGGUACCAGACGACAGACCUUCGGAGAAUAGACACAGCGUCGCCAACGUCAGGGGUAUGAAGAAGAUCAGGAUAUGGGAGCAACUGUUAAGUAUUCCAGGAAAUAACUAUUGUUGUGACUGUGGAAGCCCUAACCCUCGCUGGGCUAGCAUCAAUCUUGGCAUUACACUUUGUAUAGAAUGUUCUGGCAUACAUCGUUCGCUUGGUGUACACGUUAGUAAAGUAAGAUCCCUUACUUUGGAUGACUGGGAACCUGAAAUUAUAAAGGUAAUGGCAGAACUGGGUAACAAAAUAGUGAAUAUGAUCUACGAAGCUAACGCUGAAGGAACAACGAUACAAAGAGCUACACCGGAUUGUGAAACGAAUGUGCGGGAGACUUGGAUCCGGUCGAAAUACGUGUCGUUGCUGUUUGUAAAGGACUUGAUGGGCGGCGGGACACUGACCGCGGCGGACAGUCCGCUCAGAGCUGGGCGACGGUGGUCUGUACGACGGGCUAGGCGCAGAGUUCGUGCUGCUCCUUCAGUGCCAGAAACUAUCAAUGAUGAGAAGAGCGAUGCCAACAGUAAUACAAGUGUGUCAGAAAGUUCAAGCAAAUCAGAUGGCAGUCCAGUGCUACUGAUUGGUACGGAGCUUGCCAGUGACCGCGGCGUCGACCUCAGCCUGCCUUCUGAUCACGACUCCACUGAGGGAGAGGACAGCGAUGAACUAGCGGCGGAGGAGAUGUCCCGUCUGUCUCCGGACGCAGUACUAUCGCAGGCAGCGCGCGCUCACAACGUCGCCGUCAUGCGCGGCGCACUGGCGGCCGGCGCAGACAUACACGCGCGGGCACAUACUGGACGCACUCCACUACAUGCCGCCGUGCUCAGUGGCUCGGUGAUGGCGUGUUCAUUCCUUCUGUUAAACGGUAGCAAGUUGAAUAUGCAGGACGAUGAUGGGAAAACUCCUUUACACCUCGCCACGGAAGCUGGCCACACUGGACAGGUUUGCCUACUACUCAAGUACCGAGCAGACCAGUCGAUAGUUGACAAGGACGGGCAGACGCCGCUGGACAUCGCCGUCAAUAAUGCCAACGCUGAUAUUGUUACACUUUUAAGGCUGACGAAGUUGAACGAGGAGAUGCGGGAGAGUGAGAUGUCAUCAAACGACGACACGUACAACGAAGUGUUCCGCGACUACACGCAGCUCGCGCACUCACACCCCGAGCGACUCGUACGAGCCAAGCAUAACAACAACGAAGGAGAACAACCAAGUGAAUGACGCAACGAGUCGGGCGGUCGGCGGCGAUGGCUGUGGUAGCGACCAGUCAUGCUCACUAGCCGAGCGGAACCAAAACGUAAUGUGUGUGACGUCACACAUGCAGACUCAGAACUAUUAAACACAUCGAGGUAAACGUGCAUAUUCUGUGAAAUAGUUUAUAUUUAAAGCAGAUUAAAAAAGUUUAGUGUAGAUUUUUUUUCUAGCUCCAUGGUGUGCUAAUGCUAAAAUUCGGCUUAGUCGAUUUUUUUCGUGGCAUCACUAUGACUGCUUUAAAAUAUUUUUUGUUAUCUGGCAACACACAAAUUGUGGUUGUCAGAUUAGUUUCACAGAUAACAUAUUGUACUGUAUCUUUUUAGUACUUUAUUUGAUAUGCUAGAUAAUGUUUUUAGGCUAUGGUCUUCCCAAGUAAAGGGUUAAAAUAUUGCUCUAUACAACGCUAAGACAUUUUGUGCUAAGUACACUAAAGGCUGUUAGGACAUUUUGAAGUCCUUCAAUGUUACGAAUCUUUUUAUAUAUUUACGUUAUACCUGUACGUUUUUAUGAUAUUAUGAAUAUAGUACUAUAGUGAAAUAACUGAUGCUAUAUUUAAAAUAUCUUGUUCGAAAUCCUUGUAGCUGGCUGUAAGCGGACUAAUUAAAUAAAUGAAAUAAUUUGAAAACAUGCUAGUGCUUCUUUGACCAUAGGUCGGUAAAGUGAUCUCUGUUAAAAUUGUAUGAAAUGUAGGCGUUUUAAAAAAUGUCUUAAGAAACUAUUUGCUGCCAAACAAACAUAAUCAUUUUACAAUACAAUUAAUCAUUCAACGAAGUUUAAUGUUUUUAAAACGCUCUUAGCAAUGGUGCCAAGUAGAAUAAAACUACACUAGCGCCGUUACUGUAGAAACUUUACUAACCAAAAAACACAUCCUUUGAACUCCACCAUUAUGAAUGAGAUAAAACGUUUGAUGCACGGAAUAGUAAAGAAUUAAAAGACUAUUAUUCUGUAGCAAGACAACAAUAGGUCUUUCGUAGAUCUUUAAACGUAUUUUCUGUGGUCCAGCUCAAACUGGAAGGUACUGAGAAUGAAUCAAUUUAAAAUAAAUCUUAACUACUAUGGCAUACGGAUGAAAACGGCAUGUCAAAGAAGCUUAACGACGCAUCGUGCGCAUUUCACUAAAAUCAAUCUUUGGCAUGCGGUUUUUAUGCGUAUGCUAUAGUAGUUAAAGUUUAUUUUAAAUUGAUAUAUUUUCAGUAUCUUCGCCGCGCCUCCUUUAGUAUGCGCUGGGCCUAUGGCCUAAUAAUCACCAGUUACUUCCAUUCUUGUUGACUUAGCGUCAAGCUGAGGUGUAUAUAAUAAAAAUAAUCGAUAUUAUUGUAAUAAUAAUAAUUACUAUUGUUAAUAAAAUAAUGUUAUUGAUGCAUAGCGUAUUAAAUGGUUGGGGUGGCAAGAUGUAAGCUUUAAAUGUUAGUAUAUUAAGUAUGUAUACUUUGAUAUUAACAGAAAUGUAUUGUCUGGAAUAAUAUAUUUAGACAUAGUACAGGAGAUUAACCUGUUCAGUGAUUGACAGUACAUAAUGUACCUUAACAGUAUGGAAAUAAACUUGAUGUUUUAAUGACAACAUGUAUGAAAUUACAUGCGAUAUUGAGAUACAAUACGGUCUAUUUCUUGAGCUCUCAAAGUCUUACUUCUCAAUAAAUCCCAUUGCGCAAUCGCAUCAAAUUGUGAAGAGAGCCAUGAUUCAAAGGGUGGUGUGAUUUAUAUUUAGUAAACCAAAGAUUUUAAGUAUUGGUUUUAUAACGUUACUUAGAUAUUAUUUUUGUAUAAUCGUGAGACGUACUCAGUUAAUUGAAAUUUGUGGCUUAUGCCUAUAUACUCAAACGCCGUCGCGAUGAAAUAUAGUUCUGUCUCUACAAAUUCUAUGUAAAAUGACAGAGACGGCAAGAUAUUUAAGUACCUACAGCUUAAAAUUUAGUAGCCUUUCAGUAUUUGGGCGUUACUCGCGUAAAUUAUUCCAGAAAAGCUCUGAAAGUUUUACCGCGUCGGCUGUCGUCGUCCGCGCUUUGGGAGUAUGAAUCCCAGUGUGACUUGAAAUCAGUAGAGCUUUCCUCGAAGAGUUAAUGUGUAAACCGCAAUUUCAAUUAACGUUAGAAAUUAUACCUAGUUAGUUGGAAACUAUAAGGUUGAAUAUUCAAGGCCUAUGUAUUUGUCUAAAGGUUCUAAAUGUAUUGCGGGGCUUUUUAUGAAAUCCAAGUGCGAUUAACAUUCCUAUUUUAAAAAAUAUAAAGCCAUUCCAAAAAUGUUGGCAUUUAAAUGUAUUUUUUUUUAAGAAUUCGGCUCAUACGGUGAAUCUCAAUGAAUUUUUUUAUUGUUAGUUCCAUUUUUUUAUAUAUUUUAGUGUAAAAAUGUAAUGUUCACUUGCCAAAUUAUUGCAAUGUUCUCAACUUGCCUCUGUAAUAUUGCUUUUGCGAUUAAAUACAGCAAUUUUUAAAUUUACCAGUAUUGUAUGUAUGACCCUGUAUUACUCUGUAAAUAUAUAACCUCUUUAUGGAACGAUUUAUUUUUCGUAAUUGUUAAAAACUUCUAGAAGAAUCUAAACAAAAUGCUAUGAACUCAUUAACUACAUUUAACUAUGUUUUAUUCAUUAUCUCCGUAUUACUAUUUCGACGAAUUUACAUAACGAAAUAUUUUAGUCCUUGUAAUGAUAAUGCUUGUUAGAUGUUAUUAAUACUCUAUUCCUAUUAAGAACUUUUCUAUAUGUAAUCAUUGUCUAUGUAAUAUUUCGGAUACCAAUUUCGAAAGUGGUGCCCUCUAUGUAAAAGCGAACACGAAAGUUACGAAUUUGUAAUUGGAACGAAUUUAAUCAUCUUAAAACGUUGCUAUUGUCUAUAGUUCUGAUUUUGAAGUUCAAAAUCGUAUUAUUGAUAUGAUAUUGACUAAUGUAAUUAAAUUGAAGUGCCAUUAUGGUAUAGAGGCACUUUGUCGAAUUGAUAUGUUGGGGUUUGUCGCACAUUUAUAAGAUAGUGUAAGAAAAGUUUUGAUAUAAUCUGUUUAAGGAAAGAGGCCAUAUUAUAGAGUUCUGACUACAUGUAUUUGUUUCUAUUGGACCCUUGACUGAUUAUUCGACCACCCUUUUCUGUAAAAGGGGAAGGAGCUGGGCUGCGAAUUCGUUGCAAAAAAAAACCAUCGCAAACCGUCGGACGGCGAGCACGGGUGACUCGCCGUCCGACCACCACCAGGGCUCCAGCUCGAAGUGCAGGAGUAGGAACAGG